AAAAGACGCGUUGUUAUUCUUUUCUUUCACGUCAUGGUCCAAUUAACAGAAGCGUUUUUAGAGAGUGCAGAGUUUCAGAAUAAGCUAAGAAACAUUAUACAAACAAGCGACAUGAGCGUGUUGACUGCGAAUGAGAUUCGUCGUCAAUUGGAGUCUCACUUUGGAUUCGAAACAGAUAUUCUAAAAGAAAAGGCAUAUAAAAAGAAAAUAAAUGUCUUUAUUGAUCAAAUCAUAGCUGAAGAGCCCACUGAAGAGCCCACUGAAGAGCCCACUGAAGAGCCCACUGAAGAAGCAGCUGAAGAGUCUGCCGAAGAACACUCUGAAGACUAUGUUGAAGAAGAAGAAGAGAACGUUACCACGAACAAACGUAAGGCUCUUGUUGAUUCUGACAGUGAAGAAGUUACGCCCAAAAAAUCAAGCAAAAAAAAGAAAGUCGUCGAAUCAGACAGCGAAGAAGAAAUGUCUUCACCUAAAAAGACAGCUAGCAAAAAGAAAAUUGAACCCGAAAAGGAUGAUGAUAGAGUCAAGCGAUUAAAACAAUUUGUUGUGAAGUGUGGUGUUCGUAAAGUAUGGGCAAAAGAAUUGGCUGAUUGCAAGUCAACUGCAGCAGAAAUUAGAAAACUAAAAUCCAUGCUUGAAGAACUUGGAGUGCAUGGAAGACCCACGAUUGAAAAAUGCGAAGCAGUCAAAAAAGAAAGAGAGUUAAAGGCUGAAUUAGACAGUCUGGAUACAAGUCUGAUUAUUGAAGAAAAUAGUGGUAGGCCAGCACGAGCAGCAAGGAAAAGAAAUGCUUCUAGCUAUGUUGUAGACAAAAUUUCUAGUGAAGAAGAAUCCGAAUCAGAGGUAUGAUACUUAUGGCUGCAUUGUCUCUAAUCCUGUUUAUAGGAUGAAUUCAAAGAUAGUUCAGAUGAAGAAUAAU